CAUUUAAUUUUUUAUAGCAAAUUACUUUGGGAUACAAUUUUAAAUAAUAUUUGAAAAUCUUAACUUAGAAUUAGGUUGGCAAUUAUCUAAGCAACUUCACGAUAAACGGUAAACCAUAGGAUUGGAAGGUAGCCGGGGGUAACUCAUUGCGGUAAGCACGUGAUAAAUAAAAUUGAAAUAAAUAAUUAUAAAUAUAUAAUUUAGAUAAUAGAUUAAAUGUAAUCUCUUUUAUCUUUUUCCGUUUUCUUAAAUCCCGAAACCGAGAGUGGAGGAUAUAAUUUAUUUCAUGUCUGAUUUUGAUGUUAUACGUUUUUCCUAUAAAUCAUAGCACUCAUUGAUAACGAUAAUUCUUUCAUUUAUUUUGCCUUCGGUUACAAACAGAAUUGUCAAUCAUGAGUGAAAAAUUGAGAAUGUUAAAAGAACAAUCUAAAAAAAGAAAAAAGUUAUUGGCCAAAACGUUGGGAUUUUCUGAUGUUCAACAGUUACGACAAGCUUUGAAUACUCAUAGGGAGGGCACACCAACGAGUUCCGUUCGCAAAGUAGUAAAUAAAUUGAAUGCCCAACCAAAGAGUCCUGAACAUACAUACAAUGAUUCAUCAACAUUUCUCAAAGGUACACAAUCGUCUAAUCCACACAAUGAUUAUUGUCAACAUUUUGUUGAUACCGGUCAACGCCCUCAAAAUUUUAUAAGAGAUGUGGGCCUUACUGACAGAUUUGAAGAAUAUCCUAAGCUAAGGGAGUUAAUUCGUCUAAAGGAUGAACUUAUACAACAAACUGCUACUCCUCCAAUGUUUCUGAAAUGUGACCUAAGCACUUAUAAUUUAAAAUCAUUAAACAUAAAAUUUGAUGUCAUACUUGUUGAGCCUCCACUUGAAGAAUAUCAACGAACCUUGGGUGUAACCAAUACAAAACUAUGGAAUUGGAAACAGAUAAUGGACUUAGAGUUAGGCGAAUUAGCUGCUAAUCGUAGUUUUAUUUUUCUCUGGUGUGGUUCAUCUGAUGGUUUGGAUAAAGGCCGAGACUGUUUACGACGAUGGGGUUUUAGGCGCUGUGAGGAUAUUUGUUGGAUUCGAACAAAUUCUAAAAAUCCUGGACAUUCAAAAAAUCUAGAACCAAAUGCUGUUUUUCAACGCACUAAGGAACAUUGCUUGAUGGGCAUCAAGGGAACAGUUCGUCGAUCUACAGAUGGUGACUAUAUUCACGCUAAUGUUGAUAUUGAUUUGAUUAUUAGUGAAGAGAAUGAACACGGUUCAAUAGAAAAGCCUGUUGAAAUAUUUCAUAUCAUUGAACAUUUUUGCCUAGGAAAAAGAAGAUUACAUUUGUUUGGUCGCGACAGUACUAUACGUCCAGGAUGGCUGACUUUAGGACCUGAAUUGACUAAUUCUAAUUUCAACACUGAAAUGUAUAAUGGAUAUUUCAACAAUGGUCAAUUAACAACCGGUUGUACUGAUCGUAUUGAGGUCCUUAGACCAAAGUCUCCUCCACCUAAAUGUAAAAUACCUAUAGGAAUAAGAAAAGGCAAUCCUUGUUUGAAUAGAGGUAGAGGAAGAAUGUGAUAAUUAUUUUUUAAUGUAAAAUCCUGUUAUUUGUAAAUAAAAUAUUUUUAAGCUAUGUUAGAAUAUAAAUGUACUAUCUUUCUCCUUGGUCUUUACUAAGUAGGUACUUAUUUUAAGUGUAAUACAUCAGUACAAUUAUGUAAUAUAUUACAUUUACUUUUGAGU